CGGCGGGGCUCGGCUGUCAUGGAGGCGCCGGACGGAGCGCGGGCAGCGGCGGCAGGCGCGUCCGUCUGAGGGCGGCGGAGGCGGUGGGAGACGGCCCGGAGCGCCCCGGGAAGAUUUAUGAUAAGCAUAGCCUGCCCUUCGUCAGGACCCUGUUCGGAGUCUCCAUGUUGUCCUAUCUGGAUGAAACUGAUCUGAGAAGAAGCUGGGGACAUUCUAUUUGGGCUAAGCAGUUCCAGUAAGCUCUUGACUGAAAAAAUCAGGUGUGUAUCUGUCAGGAAGCAGAGAGGUACAGACUAAAUGGAUCUAAAGACAGCAGUCUUCAACGCAGCUCGUGAUGGCAAGCUGCGACUCCUUUCCAAGCUACUGGCAAGCAAAACAAGGGAAGAGGUGACCCAACUGAUGUCAGAAAAAACCAAUGGUGCCACACCACUUCUGAUGGCAGCCCGCUAUGGUCACCUCGACAUGGUGGAAUACCUGUUGGACCAUUGCUCUGCCUCGAUAGAAGUUGGUGGCUCGGUAAAUUUUGAUGGUGAGACCAUCGAGGGGGCUCCGCCGUUGUGGGCAGCGUCGGCCGCCGGCCACUUGAAGGUUGUUCAGUGUCUGUUGGAUCAUGGUGCAUCUGUCAACAACACAACGCUGACAAAUUCAACGCCGCUUAGAGCUGCCUGUUUCGAUGGUCACCUGGAAAUAGUCAAAUACCUUGUGGAGCACAAAGCAGACCUGGAAGUAUCAAACCGUCACGGGCAUACGUGCUUGAUGAUCUCAUGCUACAAAGGCCACAAAGAAAUUGCUCAGUAUUUACUUGAAAAAGGAGCUGAUGUGAACAGAAAAAGUGUUAAAGGAAAUACAGCUUUACAUGACUGUGCAGAAUCUGGAAGUUUGGAGAUCAUGAAGAUGCUUCUCAAGUAUUGUGCUAAAAUGGAAAAGGAUGGUUAUGGAAUGACUCCCCUUCUGUCAGCCAGUGUGACAGGCCACACAAAUAUAGUGGACUUUCUGACCCAGCAUGUACAGACUAGUAAGGCUGAGCGCAUAAAUGCCCUGGAACUUCUAGGAGCAACAUUUGUGGACAAAAAGAGAGAUCUGCUUGGUGCUUUGAAAUACUGGAAGAGAGCUAUGGAGAUGAGAUACAGUGAUAGGACUAAUAUCCUCAGCAAACCUGUGCCACAAACACUAAUUAUGGCUUAUGAUUAUGCUAAAGAGGUAAACAGCUCGGAAGAGCUAGAAAAUCUUAUUGCAGACCCGGAUGAAAUGAGAAUGCAAGCAUUAUUAAUUAGAGAACGUAUUCUUGGCCCUUCUCACCCAGACACAUCCUACUAUAUUAGAUACAGAGGUGCUGUGUAUGCAGACUCCGGAAACUUCAAGCGUUGCAUCAACUUAUGGAAGUAUGCUUUGGACAUGCAGCAGAGCAAUCUUGACCCACUGAGCCCUAUGACAGCCAGCAGUUUGCUGUCAUUUGCUGAACUUUUCUCCUUCAUGCUUCAGGAUAGGGCAAAAGGCCUUCUAGGUACUACUGUCACUUUUGAUGAUCUGAUGGGUAUACUGUGCAAAAGUGUUCUUGAAAUAGAACGGGCCAUGAAACAAGCCCAAUGUCUGCCUGAUCCAGUACAGCUGAACAAAGCCCUUUCCAUCAUUUUGCAUUUAAUUUGCUUGUUGGAGAAAGUACCUUGCAGCUCAGAACAGGAACAUUUUAAGAAACAAACUAUUUACAAGUUUCUUAAGCUUCAGCCUAGAGGAAAGAAUAACUUCAGUCCACUUCACCUUGCUGUUGACAGUAAUACUACAUGUGUUGGUCGCUACCCAGUUUGUAAAUUCCCCUCUCUCCAGGUUACUGCUAUCCUGGUGGAAUGUGGUGCUGAUGUAAAUGUCAGAGACUCUGAUAACAACAGUCCAUUACACAUUGCUGCACUGAACAACCAUCCGGACAUCAUGAAUCUUCUUAUCAAGUCAGGUUCACAUUUUGAUGCCACAAACUCAUGUAAACAAACAGCUAGUGAUUUGCUGGAUGAGAAGGAAAUAGCAAAGAAUUUAAUCCAGCCCAUAAAUCAUACCACUUUGCAGUGUCUUGCUGCUCGUGUAAUAGUGAAUCAUAACAUAUCCUAUGCAGGGCAUAUCCCUGAAAAACUGGAGAACUUCGUUGUGCUCCAUAGAUGAUAGUGUGGUGUCCCAGAGUACUGUUCCUGAAGCACGACAUGGUGAUAUUUUCCUUGAGCACUGUUGUGAUACACCAGCGUUCCCUUAGCUUGCUCCAUUUCGCUCUCGUUGGCUAGUGUUGUUAGCAUCAGAUCUGCAGAGCUGGUUACCCAGUAUUUAAUAUGAAUAUGCUAUAUAAUAUAUUUUGUGGAUUAUUUAGAAAUGUAAUGCCAUAUUUAGACUUUUUAAAUUGUCUGCCAAAGGCUUGUCUUUUCUGGUCUUAUUUGCCUGUUGGGUGUUCAGGACUGAAUUGAGUAUUUUCCACUGAUGUCUUUUUACUAUAACUGUUAUGUGGAUUUUAUAUGGUUGGAAGGUCAUCUUUUUUUGGUUUUGCUUGAGCGUUUCUACUCUUACUCUCUUCUUUUUCUAUGAACUCAUUGCUAAACUGUGCAAGUUGUAUGGACUUGUUAACAUUUGCAACUACCAUAAGUGCUUUUACCUUCUCUAUGCACUGGCUUAAACAUGACUGUUGUGUGUGAGCAUAUUUCUAUGCAGCACUUGGCCAAUUUCAACUUAAAUGCCAAUCUUGUUUUGCAGUUUGUUUGGAGCUCUCUUGAGAAUGCUGUCUUCAUAGCAUGAUGAAUUUUGGAGUUAUUUAUCAGCUCUCCAAACUUGGGUUUGACUUUUUUGACUGCUGUAACUGAGGUUGCUUUCAUUUUGAUCCUCUGGAAAUUUGUCCUAAAUUUGGAAGAAGAAAAUCUUGCUUUUUCUGAUUGUAGUCCACUUGAACUUUAAAUCUGAAAAUUGUUCUAUUGCAUCAUGCAGCUGGGGGAAGAGUCCUCAUUAUGUACAACUGACACCUUCCCCUCUGCACUAACGUCUUGCUUGUGCCGGUUAUGUGACUAGAUGUGAAGUUUGCUCAAAGUUUAACCUCAAACCUUAAUGAUAAACUUUUAAUGAGAAAUAGGUCGAAUAUAUGCUCUGCUUUAAAAUCUGCAAAUCAACUUUAGCUACAAAAGAAAACAAAAGCAUGUUGAUGGCAUGGUGUUUAUCAGUCCAGAUCUAGACAUCAUCUAGUAUAGUAAGUGGCUGUCUGCCAGGGUAUCGAAAGUUCUAUAGCAGUGUCCUUUUUUCUUCAUUUUAAGUAUCUUUAUAAAUACUUGCAUGGAUUUUUCAUCUCUACUAUGUCAGUUAUACUUAACAAAAGCAGAAGUUCUGUUGUGUAUAUAGCUCCUAAUUAAAGUACCUAUUUUUUAUAAUAUUUGCACAACAGCUUAGCUUUUACAACAGAAAGGGCUCUUUUGACUUGAUAAGAAGUCUAUAAAUGAAGAUCAUAAAUGUGAGUGCGAUUCAGGUAAUUAAUAUAAUUCAGCACUUUACUGUUGCUUAAUAGUAGGAUUUAUUAUGGCACAUUAGCCCUACAAAUGUCUUAAAGUGAAAUUAAUUUCUGUUGGAUAGGAUACAGUUUACUUGCAGAUUUAGUCGUCUAGCAUAUUGGGUAUUUUUGACUCUGUGGUGGGCGGUAAGUGUAUCUAUGGGGUUCUUGCUCCAGAAAUCCAACAGCUUGUUUUAUGCCUUUGUCAGAGAUAAAAGAUAUUUAGAAUCCAAAUUAAUUAGGUUAGGAGGGUCUUUUUAAUACUUUAAUUUUUAAGUUGAUGUCAGAACAUUUGUGUCAUUUGUGAUUGAACUUGAGGAAGAACAUGUCUUGGGAGCACAUAAGAAUAGCCCUUCCUUGGUUUUGGUCUGUUUUGGCAUUCCUGCCAGUGUACAGCAGUGUACAGGUGCCUACUAGCUUAGCAUUCUUGCAAAAAUUAUGGGGAUGUUUUUAAGCAAAGAUAUGCUGAAUGCAGUGCUGUUUGUGUGUUGUCACUAUCAGACUUGCUGUUUUGAAACAAUUUUCACCAGUUUGUCCCUUGCUGUGUCUAUGUUGUAUAACAUUAUGAGAAUCAUAGAAUCAUUUAGGUUGGAAAAGAUCCUUAAGAUCACUGAGUCCAACCCUUAACCCAGCACUGCCAAGUCCAGCACUAAACCAUGUCCUUAAGUGCCACAUCUACAUGUCUUUCAAAUACCUCCAGCCGCGGUGAUUCAACUGCUUCCCUGGGCAGCCUGUUCCAUUUUUUAACCACCCUUUCCAUGAAAAAGUUUUUCCUAAUAUUCAAUCUGUAUCUCCCCUAAUUCAACCUGAGGCCAUUUCUCCUUGUUGUAUCACUUGCUACUGAGGAGAAGAGGCCAACCCCCACCUUGCCACAACCUCCUUUCGAGUAAUUGUGGAGUUCUCCAUUGAACCUCCUUUCUUCCAGGCUGAACAACCCCAGCUCCCUCAGCUGCUCCUCAUCAGACUUGUGCUCCAAACCCUUCCCCAGCUCCACUGCCCUUCUCCGGACAUGCUCCAGCACCUUGAUAUCUUUCUUAUAGUGAAGGACCCAAAACUGAACACAGCACUCGAGGCAUGGCUUCACUGGUGCCCAGUACAGGGGGACAGUCACUGCCCUCAUCCUGCUGGCAAUAUUGCUGCUGAUGCAGGCCAGGGUGCAGGUUUCUCUUGCAUAACAGAAGACUAAAUUCUACUCAAUUGACUGAAUUGCUGUGAUUUUUAAUGCUUAAGAUGCAUGCCACUCAGCUUUUCAUUUGUGAGGACAUGUAGUUUGGCUUUUGAAUUUAUAUAUUUUAAUGCUUUUCUGCUACUCUGUAAAUGGGGAUAAUCAACAAAUCAUACCAUGCUAGAAAUACAUUAUACAUCAAGUUAUAAAAGUAGUUCUUUUUGUAUAGGUCACAGAGAAAGGGGAUUUUAGAGUUUUUUACUUUGGAAUCUGUUUUGCUUUUCAGUGGUUUUAGUUUAAAUUUUUGUCUUUCUAACUGACAAUUGCCCUGUUUAAAUAGUUGGCUAUUAUAAGUUGGUUGUUCAGCCUGAGGAAGAGAAGGCUACAGGGAGACCUUAUAGGACCUUCCAGUACCUAAAGGGAGCUACCAAAGAGCUGAAGAGGGAGUUUUUACAAGGUCGUGGGGUGAAAGGACAAGGGGGAAUGGGUUUGAACUGAAAAGGGUUAGAUUUAGCUUAGAUGUAAGGCAGAAAUUCUUUACUGUGAAGGUGGUGAGCCACUGGCGCAGGUUGUCCAGAGGAGUUGUGGAUGCCCCGUCCCUGGAAGUAUUCAAGCCCAGGCUAAAUGGGGCUCUCAGCAACCUGGUCUGGUGGAAGGUGUCCCUGCCUAUGGCAGAGAGGUUGGAUCUAGAUGAUCUUUAAGGUCUCUUCCAACCAAAAUCAUUCUAUGAUUUAUGAUCAUUAGUCCAGAAAUAUAAUGUAAAAAUUGUUAAUUUUUAGCAAUUUUUUAAAUGGAAAGCAUUCCCAAAAGUGAAAGCAUAUCACUAUUAGUUUUAUGUAAAUCUAGUGAAUAUUGCUACAAGAAAGGCUUACUGUGUUAGCUGCUCAUUAGAAACAAACCAGUCUAUUAGCACAUGCUGAUUUAUUGCACGAAUUUUUGUCUAAGUAUUUACUGAUGUGCAUCAGUCCGAAGGAUUUAUCGCCUUUAUGCUGAAUGUAAUUUUUCAUGGUGAUGAAGCUCUCUGCUGAAGAGAAUACUUAUCUUGCCAGAUAACUUGGACUUAGGUGUCCUGGCAGAUGAGUUCAUGCCUAUAUGGCCACUUUGCAUUUAGACAAGUGUGUUUACACUACUCUGUUUUGUUUAUCUUAAUUUUAAUUUUGUAAUAUUUUUAACUCAUUCUUUUACCAUUGUUCUCUUUUUUUCCUAUUUGGCCUUUUUUUCUGAUGAAACAUACUGCUUAUAAGCUACUGACACAGAAAAAUGCUAAGAACACUGCAGAAAUAAUUAUAUGCCCUGCAGGGAUGAAACAGAUUUUAAAUUGAUUAAACAACUUACAGGUAUGGCUCCCUAGAGACAAAGCAACUGAUAGCUCCUUGCUUGUUGAGACCUCUCAGUUACAUUUUUUGGGGAAAGGGAUAAAUAUGUAAAGCAGCUUUUCUUCUAAUCAUUGUGGGUUUCAACUGAAGUCCUUCAACGAGGAAGAUGAAAAAUAUUCUCAUUUAAAAAAAUCUAAAAUUAUAUUCCUAUUUUUGUAUCACUGAGGCUGGUAACAAGAUUCCAGCUGUCUGCAGUGUCUCUGUUCUGUUUGUUGAGUUUGUUAAGUGUUAAAGACACUUUCUGAAAUGCAAGGCAACAUUGUGGUUAAUUUUCCAUAUGUACUUCACAAGUGGAAAAGAAGUAGUUUUGUGUGUUUCCUAAGUCCACAAAGAGCUGUCUUUUAACAACUGUUUUGCAGCUGGUUAAAAUUAACCUCUUUCCAUUUUUACAAACACUACUUUAAAGAAAGGAAUGCAGUGCUAUAGCAAAAUCCUUAAAGGAGGAUUUGUAAUUAGAUAAAAACCUUUUGAGGAAAAGCGUGCCUCUCUUCAGUUUUGUAUCAGCUGCAAGGUGACAGUGGCAGGAUAUGGCUGUUCUUUAAAUAGCUUCCUCAUGCUUUGAAAUAUAGAGUGGAAUGACUGUUACACUCUAAAAAGUUGAGAAGCAUGAAAAAGUAGACUAAACACUAAUUUUACCUUCUGUGACUACAAUGAAGCCAACUGGUAUUUAAGACUGCAAAGUAAUUUUGGUAAUUUUGAUGAAAGACAUACUAGACUGCUCAUAUUUCUUGGCUUUGAGUGUAAAAGUAACUUUUGAGCCUUCACUGAGGGCAGAGCAAAAAGCUGUUGUUGGUUUGGUUUUAACUAACAUUGUACUUGUGUUCCAUUCUAUCGCAAAGACUUCCUAUGCAGGGCUACUAGCUCCGUGUAUGGAAAUAUUGCAGUUUCUUUUUUACGUAAAGUAAUUUAGCUUUAACAGUAAUGUAAAAAAGGAAUAACAAGCAUAUUUCUCUGCUCUUACUCUCUUUAGGCUCCAAAUGCACAUUACAUUAAAAAUAUGUUUUGGAGAACACCUGUCCGAGUGUAUAUAUCUGUUUUCUCUAGGGUACUGCAGUACUGGUUGGUAAACUACUUUUCUUGUUGAGUAGCUAAAUGUGAAUGCUGCAGCUUUGACCUUCAUGUCAUUAAGAAUUGUACCUUAAGCAAAAGGUCAUGUUUCAUGCUCUUUCUUUCUGUGAAAUGGUGGUCUGGCAAAGCCUUUAAAUUUUGGUGGUGGGUAAUAAUAAAGAAAAGGCUUAAACUGGAUGAUGCAGGAGAAAUUAUUUUCCAACUUUCUAGAAAAAGUAAUUAGUCAUACUAUUAACUGGGUGGAAACAUUACUUUCAGUUCGUAACCUGAAAGUAGAUAGCAAUGCCUUGUAAGAUGUAAACAGCAGACAGUUUUCAAGAAAGUUGGAUGAAUUAGUUUCUUCUUCAAGCUUUUGAAGGAUCUUCUGUAUUGCAUGAACGAUUUGAAAAAUAGAGGAAUAGAAUAACUCAAGAGUGAGAGAAGCAGAAGAUCCUUAUUAGAGGCAGGUAGAGAAUUGAAGAAUUUGAGUAACAUUGCCAUUGUAAUUUCAAAAUACCUUUGUAGUUAGGCACAAUAGUCACAGUCCAGCCUGUAAGGAAGUGUACAUUUCAGAGAGCUGGAACUUUAGAUAAAGCCUGAUCAGUAACAACAGGAUCAAAAAAGAUGAGGUUCUGGAUGAAGAAAAACUGCUUCAGAGCUUUCACAGUAAGAUAGUUGUCACACAGAUGGCUUUAGUGAAUCAAAUAUAGAUUCUCUUAAUUAGGAAAGGGAAAAACUGGAAAGGAUCAUUUACGUUGUUAUUCAUCCCUCUGCAGUUGCAGCUGAUGAAAGAUGUCUGCUGUUAACCUAAGCUGUGCAACCAUGCAAAAAUGAUUCUUGUCAGUAGCAAAUGCUGGCUGUCAGUUGAAGACCAAAACUCAUCAUACAAAGCAGUGCAGGAUUAGGGUAAAAGAGACCAGGUGUGAGGUGUGUCAGUCUGUCAAAGGCAAGACUUUUGUUUGUUUCACACAUAAUAUCCAGAGGGCUAAAUGCCAUCCACAGUGAACAGUAGAAGGCCCUUCUCCCUCACACCGCAGUCUUACCUUGCAGUUGAUCUCCAGCAUUCAGAAGAAUUGAGAAGAGGCUAUACUCAGAAGUUAAGGACAACAGUUUUAUGCACAAAGGGGGAAAAAAGAAUUGCUUUUGGAUUCAUGUAAGUGCCUGUCAGAAGCCAGUGAGUGUGAGGCAAUGUAAAUUACGAAAAUGGCAACCAUGUCUCCCAUCAGAUCGUGAGACAUGAUCAGAUUCCUCUGUGAAGUUCAAAGGAUUGGUUCUAUCAUAUCUCCUGAAGAUUAUCAAGUCAUAAGUUCAUUACGAAAAUUUCUCCUUAGAAGGUUAUUUGGAACUCCUGUCUAUCAGUAACUAGAAACCUAAUUCCUGUUUGAAAUACACGUUUUCAUAGGUUUAUAUGUAUUAACUUCUCAUAGUUCCAGCACUUGUCCUUCAGAGAGAAUUGUCCUCUCUCAGCCUUCAUGUGGUUAGGCUAAACGAACCAAGCAAAAGAACCCCCAUGCUGUAAGAAUGAGCAAAAACCAGAAUAAUCCAGUCGAAUAAGCUGACAGAAUGGUUCGGUUUUCUCUUUUCCUCUCUCGAUGAUAUGCUACCAAAAAACCCCCAGGAUCCACUGAUUCACUAAACACUUUUUGCUGCUGAACCUGCGAUUUAAAUUGCCAAUUAUUUCCUUUUUACAAUGGGAGGGAUUUUUUACAGUAAACAGUUGAUUGUUUUCAGAUUCUGUAGCUUGUAUUGUUCUAUCCUAAUAUUUUAGGUGCCUGGAUGUCUUUUGUUCCAUUCACAUACAGCAUUAUCCUAACUGACAUGUGAGGCAAAAUGUUCAGUGAAUGAGCCAGACUUGGAUCAUUUUUUGUUUCCAUCCCAUAGAUUAAAAACAGUGAACUUG